AUGAUAGGAAUUAAUAAAGGAGUUUAUAAAAUUUUAAAAGAAGAGUACGGUUUGCAACAUCUGAUUUUAGUCAAAUGUAUUUGUCACUCGCUCCAAUUGGCUGUUGCUCACGCGUUCGAAGAAACAAUUCCGCGGAAUAUUGAAUUUAUCCUAAGAGAAACUUAUAAUUGGUUCUCCAUGUCAGCGACUCGACGACAAGAAUAUGCAGAUAUUUUUGCAGCCAUUAAUUGCGGUCAACAGCCAUUAAAAAUUUUACAGAAAUGUGCUACUAGAUGGCUCUCGAUUGAAGCAGUUGUGCAAAGAAUUCUUGAUCAAUGGCAAGAGCUGAAACUAUUUUUUGAGAUUGCCCGAACCAAAAACAAUUGUUAUACAGCUGAACUGUUACACAAUUCGUACAAAGAUCCUCAAAAUAAAGUUUAUUUAAUGUACAUCAAAUCAAUACUUGGUCAAGUACAAUCUGCGCUAAAAGCGUUUGAAGGCGAAAAUACUGAUCCAACAAAGCUGAUACAAACUUUGAUCAAAUUGCUGGAAUCACUUUGUGACCAAGUUGUGAUCCCGGGAAGACGUCCUUCCUUCAAUAUUUUUGAAGGCAAUGUGGCUACUGAGGUCGAGGAAACUAUCAAAAGAAUUCAAGCUCAUAAAGGUGUUAUGGGUGUCGUCAUUGUAAACCACGAAGGUAUACCAAUAAAGACGUCAUUGGAUAAUGCAACUUCUGUGUUAUAUUCUGGUCUUAUAAGUCAGCUGACAGAAAAAGCAAGGAAUGUUGUUCGUGAAAUGGACUCCACAAAUGAGCUGACAUUUCUUAGAGUUAGGAGCAGGCGCCAUGAGAUAUUGAUUGCCCCUGAUCGAGAAUUCAUACUUAUUGUUAUUCAAAAUACAUCUGACUAG